CAAUGGCCGUCUAAAAACAAAUUCUUGCAUUCGAUUGCGCACAAAAGUUUAAAUGUUUUCAAUCAACUCUUUCCCUUGUGGUUUGACUAUUAAAUUUAUAAUAUCGUGACACAGCAUUUAAAAAUGGAUAAUAAUGAAACAGAUAAAAAGAUUGAUCGUCCAAAUUCCUCUGCAAGUCAGAAGGAAAAUUUGGCUCAAAAUGAGCAAAAUAAAAACAAUGAACAUCAACUAAAAGUUGGGGAUCAUUAUUCUGUCCGCCGUUCGGAUGAUACUUGGCAUUCGGCAGAGAUAAUACACGUUCGCCAUAGUGAGCAUGACAGCACCAAAUGUGAAUACUAUGUCCAUUAUGAUGGUUGUAAUCGCAGGUUAGAUGAGUGGGUUGGUUCUGACAGAUUUGAUUUUUCAUCUCACAAUAAGGAGCAUGAAAAGAAUAAUCUCAGCCUAGCUCAUCAAACUGACCAACCAGAUAGAAAAAUUACUCGAAACCAAAAGAGAAAACAUGAUGAAAUUAAUCAUGUUCAAAAGACUUAUGCUGAAAUGGAUCCUACAACAGCUGCUUUAGAAAAAGAACAUGAAGCAAUAACAAAAGUAAAAUAUAUUGACCGAAUUCAAUUUGGGAAGUAUGAGAUUGAUACUUGGUAUUUUUCACCAUAUCCUGAAGAAUAUGGAAAAGUUCCUAAAUUAUGGAUUUGUGAAUAUUGCCUAAAAUAUAUGAGACUUGAAAAAACAUAUAGAUAUCACCAAGGUGAAUGUACUAUGAGACAGCCUCCUGGUAAAGAAAUAUACCGCAAAGGUGUUUUGUCAGUAUAUGAAGUGGAUGGAAAAGAUCACAAGCUAUAUUGUCAAUGUUUAUGCUUAAUGGCGAAACUUUUUCUUGAUCACAAGACAUUAUACUUUGAUGUGGAGCCUUUUUUAUUUUAUGUUCUAACAGAGUUAGAUAAACAUGGAGCUCACAUUGUGGGCUAUUUUUCUAAAGAAAAAGAAUCUCCAGAUGGAAAUAAUGUUGCUUGCAUUCUAACUCUUCCUCCCCAUCAGAGAAAAGGGUUUGGAAAAUUCCUUAUUGCUUUCAGCUAUGAAUUGUCAAAAAAGGAACAUGCUGUGGGCUCUCCUGAAAAGCCUCUUUCAGAUUUAGGAAAACUAAGUUACAGAAGUUAUUGGUCAUGGGUUAUUUUAGAAAUAUUGAAAAAUUAUAAAGGGGCCUUAUCUGUCAGAGAACUAAGUAUGAUGACCAGUAUCACUCAUUGUGAUAUAAUUAGUACUUUACAAAGUUUAAAUAUGGUAAAGUAUUGGAGAGGCCAGCAUGUUAUAUGUGUUACUCCUAAAUUAGUUGAGGAGCAGUUGCACAAAUUAUAUUGCCGUAGGCCAAAAAUAACUGUUGACACUAGUCUUUUAAGAUGGGCACCUCCAAAGAAACAGCUGAAAACACUAAAAAAAUAAACUAUGCAAUUCCCCUUGUACCUUAUCAUCAGCAUCUCAUCGCCUAUUAUCAACUAUAUAUUAGUUGCCUUUCAUAGCUAUGCAUUUAUUUUAAAUAAUAAAAAUGCUAAAUAUAUUGUAAAAUUUUCUUUUUGAUUAAAAAUUAUUCAUUUUA